GCAUUAAAAACGAUAUUUCGCGAUGUUUAUAAAGCUCAAAAUAUGAGCGUACGUAUCAUAGCAAACGUUAGAAAUCGUAGCAAUCAACGCGUUACCAAUGAAAUUCUGGACGAAUUAUUGGACUAUAAUAAUCAAGUUCAAGUACCGGUUGCCAUUAGCGAAUACAGUAGCGUAAAAUUAGAUCAUUAUUUUCAUGCCAUAAUUAUGUUCGCUGAAAGCCUAAAGCAAGUGCAGUACACUCUGGCCACGAUACUAGCCAUACCAGAGAUUCAAGGCAGCCGAUUAAAGUAUCUGAUAGUUUAUUAUUCCAAUAAGCGUUGGAUAGAGAGGCAAUUUGAAAUGCAUAAGAUGUUUCGACAUUUUUUUGAUUCGUAUAUAGUCGACGUUGAUAUAAUAAUACAUGUCGCAAAUUAUUCGUUCUUGUAUACAUACCGUCCGUACAAUCGAAAAUUUUGCGCUCAUACCAAACCACUUUUAAUACAAAAAUUUAAAAAAUUACCGAGAAGACUUUCCUAUACUUAUAUACGAGCCCAUAAAUAA